AUGCCAGCCCUGCAGGGACAAACCAUGGACGAGCACUUCUUCAAACUGGGAAUGGAUGCAUCCGAGCCCUACUUAACAUAUGCGAAAAGCUAUACAGCUGUCAACUCGCCUCAAAAGCCGCGCAAAUGGGUCAAGCGGAGCGGAUGGACCAAAUAUAACUGUGACGGCUCUUGGGAGCCUGUGGAUGCACCAAAUGAGUCGAUGCUUACCUUUGAUACAGAGGUUAUGUACAAAGAACACUCCUUUGCUGUUAUGGCUUGCGCUGUGAGCCCUACAGCCUGGUACGCAUGGCUUUCGCCCUGGCUGCUCGGAGAGUCCGAGAAUGAAGUUCAACUCAUACCUUUGGGGGAUAUAAAGCAACCGCGGAUCGUCGUUGGACACAACAUUGGGUAUGAUCGCGCGCGCGUUCUUGAGGAGUAUGGAAUGGAACAAACUCGCAACUUUUUCCUUGAUACCAUGUCACUUCAUGUCGCCGUCAACGGGAUGUGCUCGCAGCAGAGACCCACGUGGAUGCGUCAUAAGAAGAAUAAGGAUCUGAGAGACAAGAUUGCAAAUGAGAGAAACUCCGUCGAGCUGGCCGCUUUGCUCGAAAGCAAAAUGCUGAGCGAAGAAGAGGAGGAAUUGUGGGUAGGAAGGAGCUCUGUGAAUUCGUUGCGCGACGUAGCCAAGUUUCAUUGCGAUGUUACAAUCGACAAGUCGCAAAGAGACUAUUUUGGCGAACUUGACAGACAUCAGAUCCUGGGAAAGCUGGAGGAAUUGCUGGAUUACUGUGCCGCAGACGUCGCCAUCACCCAUCGUGUGUACAAGAAGGUGUUUCCAAACUUCCUCGAGGUCUGUCCUCAUCCGGUCAGCUUCGGAGCUCUCCGCCAUCUUUGCUCAGUCAUAUUGCCUGUCAACCAAACAUGGAAAGAGUAUAUUACCAACGCGGAAGCAACAUAUCAUCGGCGACUUGACGAUGUGCAACGGAAGCUAGUUGAACUGUGCGACGAAGCUCUCAAGGUCAAAGAGAGCCCGGAUAUCUACAAGAAUGACCCUUGGUUGCGACAGCUGGACUGGUCUGGCCAAGAAAUCAAAAUGGUCAAGGGCAAGAAGAAGGGUGAUCCUCCGCGACCCGCGGCCAGGCAGAAGAAACCAGGCAUGCCACAAUGGUACAAAGAUCUCUAUCCUACGAAUACAGCGGACAUUAACCUGACUGUGCGCACCCGGAUUGCCCCUAUAUUAUUGAAGCUGUCAUGGGACGGUUAUCCUCUGAUAUGGUCCGAUAAAUUCGGAUGGACGUUCAAAGUCCCAAAAGACCAGGUCAAAAAAUUCGAAAACCAGCCUGUGGUUCUCUGCGAUAUGAGUGAAGAGAAGAACCUGGAGUUGCGUGACGAUAGGAAACACGCGUACUUCAAGCUCCCUCAUAAGGAUGGCCCACAAGCACGUUGCGUCAACCCCUUAGCCAAGGGCUAUCUGCAAUACUUUGAGCGGGGAACGCUUUCAUCGCAAUAUGCACUCGCCAAAGAAGCUCUAGAAAUGAACGCCUCCUGCUCAUACUGGAUCAGCGCCCGUGACAGAAUCAUGAGUCAGAUAGUUGUCUACGAAGAUCAAGUGAAGAAGUCCGGGUCUACAGGCGAAAUGUCCAACCGACUAGGAUUUAUUCUUCCUCAGAUCAUACCUAUGGGCACAAUCACCCGGCGAGCAGUGGAAAAUACUUGGCUAACAGCCAGUAACGCCAAGGCAAACCGCGUUGGUUCUGAACUCAAGGCUAUGAUCAAAGCUCCGCCAGGCUAUGUCUUCGUUGGUGCAGAUGUUGACUCCCAGGAAUUGUGGAUUGCCAGUCUUGUCGGGGACGCUCAAUUCCAACUACACGGGGGCAAUGCCAUUGGAUUCAUGACUUUAGAAGGUUCCAAGGCUGCUGGGACUGAUAUGCAUUCGCGCACAGCCCAGAUCUUGGGUAUUUCGCGUAAUGACGCCAAGGUUUUUAACUAUGGGCGUAUUUACGGUGCUGGGGUUAAGUUCGCUGCCACACUGCUUCGCCAGUUCAAUCCGUCCAUGUCUGAGAAGGAGACCCAAGAAGUUGCAACCAAUCUCUACAAAGAGACCAAGGGCACCCGCACAACUCGUCGCAUUCUGAGUGAGAACCCUUUCUGGCGCGGAGGCACUGAAUCCUUUGUCUUCAACAAACUGGAGGAAUUCGCUGAGCAAGAAAGACCGCGUACGCCUGCCCUCGGCGCUGGGAUUACUGAGGCACUCAUGCGGCGCUUCAUCAACAAGGGCAGUUUCAUGACUUCGCGAAUUAACUGGGCAAUCCAGUCAUCUGGAGUUGAUUAUCUCCACCUUUUGAUCGUAUCCAUGGAUUAUCUUAUCCGACGAUUUAACAUAGGUGCUCGUCUCGCAAUCACUGUCCACGACGAAAUUCGGUAUCUUGUCAAGGAAGAGGACAAGUAUCGAGCUGCUAUGGCCCUACAGGUCGCCAAUGUUUGGACUCGCGCCAUGUUUUCGCAACAAGUUGGGAUCGACGAUCUUCCUCAAUCUUGUGCCUACUUUUCGGCGGUCGAUAUCGAUCACGUUCUGCGUAAAGAGGUGGACAUGGACUGCGUAACUCCCUCUCAUCCGCACAAGAUUCCACACGGAGAAAGCUUGGACAUUAGUCGACUAUUGGACAAGGACCAAGAAGCAUAUCUGGAUCCUUCAGUAGUCCCUGUUUCGCCUCCUUCGCCUCAGAAGUACACUUACACACCACGAGAGUCUGUGAUGUCGUCGCUUCAAGCCACCAAUCAUCCUGCUUUCAUCAAAGCUCAGAUUAGCAAAGACGACAAAGAGCUUCGAGAAAUCAUCAAGGAGGUGACGAAGGCCAAGUCUGCCACCUCUUCAAGCGCACGCUCUGUGCGAAAUAGUGCCAAAUCGACCAACUUCCCUUCAGCGGAGCCUCAGAAAGCGGUCUUGAUGGACAUUGAUUCUGGACUCUACCGCGACUUCCGAUAUCUACCACAGGGGAGCAGCAGGCAUCCCCAUUUCAACUUGAACCGUCAGACAUGGAAACCCAGGCCGGCUGCCCGGCCUUAG